AAAAAUUAAAAAGUAUGAUUUCUGUAUUAUUGGAGAAAUUAGCAGUCUUAUUGACCAUUCCACCCCGACAACCAAUUCAAAAUUGACAUCCGCUGGCUGUCACCAACUUGAUCACAAGCAAGCCCUAAUGCAAAUGCUCAUUUAUAAAUGUGCUUGGCUUUAGGUUAGGAUGUAUUAGGGUAAUAGACAGAGAGAAAGCAUUGCAACUCUGCCAAGAUGAUGCUCUCUCACUCUCAACCUCUGCUCCAGAGCUUCAGGUCUGGGCAUGAGGCAGUCACCUCUGAGCUAGAAGACAUACUAAAUGAUACUCGCACAUCAACCUUUAAGAGGCUCAGAUCAGCGUCCUGGGUUGAGCUUAAGUUGCUGUUUCAACUUGCAGCUCCAGCAGUGAUCGUUUACUUGUUGAAUAAUGUGGUUUCUAUGUCAACCCAGAUCUUCUGUGGUCAUCUUGGUACUCUUCAGCUUGCUGCUGUGUCCCUUGGCAAUACUGGUAUUCAAGUAUUUGCUUAUGGCCUUAUGCUAGGCAUGGGAAGUGCAGUGGAAACCCUUUGUGGGCAAGCAUUUGGGGCGCACAAAUACGAAAUGCUAGGCAUAUAUCUCCAAAGAUCGACACUUCUCCUUAUGGCAACUGGGAUCCCUCUCACGCUGAUCUAUGUCUUUUCCAAACCCAUCUUGGUCUUACUCGGUGAACCAAACGAAAUAGCAGCUGCAGCUGCAGUUUUCGUCUAUGGACUCAUCCCUCAAAUUUUCGCGUAUGCCGCUAACUUUCCCAUACAAAAAUUUUUGCAAUCACAAAGCAUAAUCGCCCCCAGUGCAUACAUAUCACUCGUUGCACUUGGGGUGCACAUCUUAUUUACCUGGCUAGCAGUUUUCAAGUGGAACUGGGGCUUGUUAGGUGCAGCCUUCAUCCUGAGUUUAUCUUGGUGGUUAAUUGUGAUUGCCCAGUUUCUAUACAUUGUAAUGAGCAAGAAGUGUAGGAAAACAUGGGCUGGUUUUAGCGUGCAGGCAUUCUUUGGUCUCUGGGGUUUCUUUAAGUUGUCAGCUGCAUCAGCAGUGAUGUUGUGCUUGGAGACCUGGUAUUUUCAAGUGCUGGUGUUGAUUGCGGGGUUGCUGGAAAAUGCAGAGAUUGCAUUGGAUUCUCUCUCAGUUUGCAUGACAUUAUCCGGAUGGGUGUACAUGAUUUCAGUUGGUUUCAAUGCUGCUGCAAGCGUGAGAGUGAGCAACGAGCUAGGAGCAGGACAUCCAAAAUCAGCAGCAUUUUCUGUGAUAAUUGUGAAUCUAUGCUCUUUCAUUAUCGCUGUAGUCGCAGCCAUCAUCGUGAUGAUAUUGCGGGACUACCUUAGCUAUGCUUUCACCGAAGGUGAAGAAGUUGCCAAAGCAGUCUCCGAGCUCACCCCCUACUUGGCUGUUACUCUCAUUCUAAAUGGUGUUCAGCCUGUUUUAUCCGGUGUGGCUGUUGGAUGUGGAUGGCAAGCUUUUGUAGCAUAUGUGAACGUUGGAUGUUAUUACCUGAUUGGUGUUCCAUUAGGGGUACUUCUUGGAUUUAAAUUCAACCUUGGUGUACAGGGAAUAUGGUCAGGGAUGAUAGGUGGUACAUUUUUACAGACUAUUAUUUUAUUGUGGGUCACUUAUCGAACAGACUGGAAUAAAGAGGUGGAGAAUGCACAGGAUCGGUUGAACAUAUGGGAAGACAAAAAAGAGCCAUUCUUGGAGGACAAAAGAGAGCCUCUCUUGGAGGAUAAAAGAGAUGAAUCGGAGAAUUAAGUGGAUUUAUAAAUUUGAUUUCAUCUCAAUGGGUCAUCCUUGUAGUAAACAUUUUGGUAUCUUUUUUUAAGAGAUUUUUGGUUUUAUUUCAUAGGGUGAGAUGUUGUAUUUACCAGAAGGGGCAAGAGAGUCGCUUUGUUAUAUAUUAUACAUAUAAGCUUAUCCAAUGAAAAAACCAAAAAUAUACUUGACUUUGAGUGGCAAUAUAGUUGUUUUUGGCUAAA